AUGAAAGAUCUGUUAACGUUAGAUGUACACUGUAGUGGACCAAAAUGUAUCUGUCCGGACAACAAGAAUAUACAUAACCUAGAGGCCAAAAAGAAACCUAUUCCUAAUGUCACUAACUUUACCAAGUAUACUCACAGCGUUCCAGAUGGAUACACAUUUACUCUAAAUAAGACGCUCGCCGGUGGUGGAGGAAAAAUAGGAACAACUGUGGGAUCUCCAGACGUACCCAUACCAAAAGUCACUGGUGUCUCCGUUUAUUACUGGGAUGGAGUACCUACUAAUCCAAUCCUACUUGGAAUAACCACCCAGGGGAGUGGUACACCUAUCUAUUAUGCUAGAAGUAGCUAUGCUAAUGAUUGGACCCCCGCUUGGGUGCGUGAAAUGAAUGAACAACAAGCCUUAGAUAAUCAGAACUGUCACAAUAACAAUGCAAUCCCUUUCAACAUAACAGGUUCUCAAUCAGGUGAUCUUCUCAAAGAUUCUCAAUCAAACUGUCUAAAGAAUUAUAGAAAGAUGACAUCUACAAAACCACCUGAUCCUCCACCUGGCAGUAACUACGUUACUACAGCAUACAACAUUCCCAGUAACACAAAGAUAUCUAGAGUUACAUAUAAGGGAAAAGAUACUACUGAUUUGACUCCUCCCACUUAUUUAGUUUCUCAAAUAAGACUCUACUCUUAUCCAGGUGCUAUAAACGUACCUCUCAUGCUAGAAUUUAAGUCAGAAAACGAUGGAACAUCUACUUGGUAUUAUAGCAUAAACGCCAACGGAAAAAACUGGACAGGAUAUGUUGGAAAAAGUAGUGGUUUCUAUGGAAAUAAUGGAUAUACUCCAACAUCUGCUCUUUCAGAAAAACUAGAUGAGGUGUUAUGCAAAUGGUAUAACAACGUUACCCUAAAUCUUACUAAAAGACAUUCUACUAGUCAUGCUAGUAAUAGGUUGCCAUAUUGUUGCACCGACCAUAAAAAUGAAUAUAAGGUCUCUGUGGAGGAAAUAUCAGUUAAUCAUUAUCACGGAAGAUCCACUAAAUUUUACAAACACUCCAUUACCGGGACUAAUUUGAAUCUUGCUGGUAUCUUUUACAAUGAGAAUGAUAAUUAUAACGAUAGGAAAAAUAUAAAAUUGCACGGAGCACCAUUUCCAAUAUCAGGCAUACAAAGUGUAUGUACGUUUUACUGUCAGAUGGAGAAUCCAGUGUUAAUCUAUCUCUGUGGGAAAUCUCCGUAUGGAGGUUGGUAUAAGAAAGGCUCUACGGACGAUGCCCUUUGGACAUGGAUACCUGGUAUCCACGAUAUCAAACCAGAAACUCACCUACAGAAUGGGCUUGAAUGUAGACAGUGGAUGAAACUAUGGAUAUAUCUAAAAGAUCUUGGUUGUGACCCUUUGGGAGAAUGUACUGCAGGAAUUACUCAACUUGACGAGGGAAAACUAAGGCAAGAAAUCCGAGAGGAAGCUGUUAAUGCAAUAAAAGAACGAUCUGCGGCUAAACAAUCUGCUAAACUUGGACUCUAUCCAGGUGGUAGAAUCUCUGGUUCCAGGUCUACUGGUGCUGCUUCUGAGCUCAUAAGUGGUUCUGCUACUAGAUACUUACCUGGAAUAAGUGGUGUUACUCCUAGUCCAGUACUUAUGGGUGGUUUUAAUUCGCACGAUAUUAUAGAAGAAACUACUUCUCUUCUAACCACUACUGGUUCUGUUUCUCUACCUGAAACUCAUUGUGGACAUGCCUCUGGAGUAUCUACUUCUGAAGCUAAAGGUCCUACUCCUCAUACUGAUGAAGUUACUCUUACUCAAUCUUCUCUUCCUUCUCUUACUCCUGGUACUGCUGCUCUUGUUGAUGGUGGAGCCUCUGUUGGUAUUACCGCUAUUCUCACUGGUGCUGGCAUGUAUGGUGGCCCUCUUGCCGGAGCUGGCGCAACCUUUUUCGGAGGAUGGAAACUUUAUAAUCGCUAUAAAGGAGACCCUUGGGUUAGACAGAUUUAG